UUGCAAUUCACCAAACAUCUUAAUCUUUCCAGGCGAAUUUUUCCAUUAAACGGAUAAUGGACCGCACGCCAUUUGUCCGGGGUAGGAUGGUAGAAAAAAUAGUUUACGUUUUUACGACAGCGAAUAAAAAUACGAUGUUUCUGAUAAAGUUCAAGGACUCGCCCGUGGUGGAAGUGGUUCCAGGUAUCGAGGCCAACAGACGCAUUCCCCAAAUGGUGAUCGAAUUCUACAUGGACCACCUAUCCUUGCCCCCGCCCGAAUCCCGGAAAGGCAAUCCAAGAAAGAGAAAAGCCAGCGAGGAUGGAUGAUUUAUAAUUAAAUUCAAUUAUGCAGCAAAC